GGUCUACGUAGCAGAAUUGAGCGAAUAAUAGCGCAGUCUUCUGUUAAAGAUUUCAUCCACCAUCUUUAAUCGAUUUUGAAUAGAAUAGACAGACGAAAAUGGAUUUAUAUAUAUUUUUAAUAGCAGUUUUAGGUUGUUUAGUAAACGAUGUAAAUAGCUUAAUGUUUCAUCUUCAACCUAAUUCUAGGAGAUGCUUGAAAGAAGAGAUUCACAAAGGAGUUUUAGUUACAGGCGAAUACAGUUUAAGCGAUGCGCCUGGACAGAAAACCGAUUUGAUUGUCACAGACACAAAGGGCCAUACUUUGGUUUCAAGAGAUAACAUAGAAAAGGGAAAAUUUGCUUUCACUACUGAUGAUUAUGAUGUAUUUGAAAUUUGCUUUAUUUCAAAAAUGCCUGCUGGUCAGAGAGGAAUGGUUCGUGAAGCAACACUUGUGAUAAAGCAUGGUGCUGAAGCAAAGAACUAUGAGAAUCUUGCUGAAGUAGGCAAACUCAAGCCACUAGAAGUAGAAUUACAGAGGUUAGAAGAUUUAUCUGAAUAUAUUGUCAAAGAUUUUGGUUACAUGCGACAACGAGAAGAAGAAAUGAGAGAUACCAAUGAAUCCACAAAUUCUCGUGUUCUCUACUUCAGCAUCUUUUCUAUGUGCUGCUUGCUGGGCUUGGCAACGUGGCAAGUGUUAUACCUCCGUCGUUUCUUUAAAGCUAAGAAACUCAUAGAAUGAAGUGUGAGAGAAUGCAAUGACUUCCAGAGUUAAGAGUCCAAGCAUUUGAAAUUGCGCAUUGACAUUUUCAUUAACUGUGUGAAAAUGUAUUGUAUGGUGAAGGAAAGGAAACGUGGAUUUUUUAAGUUAUAAAAAAAAAUACUGAAUAUAAAAUAAUGUAAUUAUAAUAAAUUGGAUAAAAACAUUUCCUCUUUUUUACAAAUUUGUUAAGUAAAUUAUACUGUGUUUUUUCAAUGUUAAAAGUUUGUUCACUGGUAGUUUGUUUCUUACGUGGCUUACUUAUUAAUGUUUUUAUCAUUCAAAAUAGAUGUAAUGGUCUCUUACCAAAAACUUAGAGGAGACUGAAUUAUAGGUUUCGUACUGUGCAUGAAGGAAAAUGUAUAUUGGCAUAAAACCGAAAUAAAUUCAAUUACAGAAUGUGGUUAAAAA